ACAGAUCUGACUUCCGACCGGCGAGCAUUUCGAAGCAGCUGUGUGUUGACAACAACACAAACACACCACAACGCUCGGUGUGUGUAGUUGAAACAAAGUCCACCAUCUUUUAAAGUGCGGCUGCGUCAUGUAAAUUUUAAAGUGGCGGCGAGGCUAAUAAGCACGGUGAGGUGGACGCUUAAGAAGAUACUAGGAGCUUCCGGGUUGCUUUGGGCGGUUCGGCGCCUUGAGACAGCAUCAAGCCGCCUGAGAGCACCAGGAUGGAGGGAGACACUCAAGUGCCGGACGACCUUACUCCAGAGGAGCAGCAGGAGCUGGAGAACAUCCGCCGGCGCAAGCAGGAGCUGCUGGAGGACAUUCAGCGGCUAAAGGAUGAGAUAGCAGAAGUCACCUGUGAGAUUGAGAACCUGGGUUCCACUGAGGAGAGGAAAAACAUGCAGAGGAACAAACAGGUGGCAAUGGGUCGUAAGAAAUUCAACAUGGACCCUAAAAAGGGAAUUCAAUUCCUCAUUGAGAACGACUUGCUGAAAAAUACCAGUGAUGACAUUGCUCAGUUCCUCUACAAGGGGGAGGGUCUGAACAAAACCGCCAUAGGAGAUUACCUCGGGGAAAGAGAUGAUUUCAACAUAAAGGUCCUGCAUGCAUUUGUUGAGCUUCAUGAGUUCACAGACCUCAACCUGGUUCAGGCCCUAAGACAGUUCCUGUGGAGUUUUCGGCUACCGGGAGAAGCUCAGAAGAUUGACCGCAUGAUGGAGGCCUUUGCUCAGCGCUACUGCCAGUGCAACCCUGGCGUUUUCCAGUCAACAGACACCUGCUACAUCCUGUCAUUCGCCAUCAUCAUGCUCAACACAAGCCUCCACAACCCCAAUGUCAAGGACAAACCCACCGUGGAACGCUUCAUCUCCAUGAACCGAGGGAUCAAUGAUGGAGGAGACCUACCUGAGGACCUGCUCAGGAAUUUGUACGACAGUAUCAAAAAUGAGCCAUUCAAGAUCCCAGAGGAUGAUGGCAACGACCUCACCCAUACUUUCUUCAAUCCCGACAGAGAAGGCUGGCUGCUAAAACUGGGAGGAGGACGUGUAAAGACCUGGAAGAGAAGAUGGUUCAUCUUAACUGACAACUGUCUCUACUACUUUGAGUACACGACAGACAAAGAGCCACGAGGGAUCAUUCCACUGGAGAACCUAAGCAUCCGAGAGGUGGAAGACAAGAAGCCUAACGCUUUUGAGCUUUACAUUCCUGACAACAAGGACCAGGUGAUAAAGGCGUGCAAGACGGAGGCUGACGGGCGCGUUGUGGAGGGAAAUCACACCUUCUACCGUAUAUCUGCACCCUCCACUGAGGAAAAGGAUGAAUGGAUGAACAGCAUUAAAGCUGCCAUCAGCAGGGACCCCUUUUAUGAGAUGUUAGCCGCCAGGAAGAAAAAGGUGUCGUCCAUGAAGAGGCAUUAAGAGCUGCUCGCCGCCACCCUGAAUGUUGCACUUGAAAAGAGCAGGUGGGGGCUUUGCAGACUUGCCACGUUUGGACCCGGAUCAGCCUUAGAUAUCUUUCAGGGGAUUUGCUCACAUAGCAGAUUGGCUUUUUUGGACUCUGCUGGCCAGGAAACCAAGAGGCAUAUGUUGGCUCUCCUAGGUGAGAGUCGAGGGGGGCCGAAGCGACCUCUGACCCCCUGGCUCAAUCCAAUCAGCCCCAGCGAGGUGUGUGUCACUCAGCAUCAAAACCCCUGUCAGAUUUCUAAAACGGUACACAGCAAACGCAGGCCCUGCACCACCCAGCACAUUGAACUCAGCAGGUCUGAAAGUGUGUGGCAACAAAAUACUCUCAUAAAGAAAAGGAAUAACUUUUCCAUAAGGCUUUACUAGAUACAUUUUUCAUGCUUCAAUGUCUUUUUCUCCCAUUUGCUUUUGUAAAAACAAAGUUCCUGGAUGUCAGGGAGAAAGCAAGUGACGAGGAGUUACUAUUGAGUUAUUUUGUAAGAGACCAAUACAAGAUGUAUUAAGUUUUCUCGCUCCUUGCAUGACUGAAAUAUGUUUUUGAGGAAGACGUCUGGGCUGGUUCUUGAUGAUCAUUUCCUGGGCUUCCUCAAAAGGGAAAAGUGUCAAAACUCCACUCAGUCUAGCCGGUUUUGCAUCAGUUUCUCCCUAGUUUAUACUGCCUGGUGCUCUAUAAUAUCAACAUGAAAAGAAAUGCUGCUGGUUAGCGACAGCACUUCACUUUGUAGACGGUUACCUUUUUUAAUGGUAAAAAAGUCCCAUAUCAUAAUUCCGGGAUGUUCUUUGGCUGUCUCAGUGCAUCUGUGCUACAGGUUAUUAAUGCUCAAGCUUUAAAAACGCCACCAGUAGAUGUUACUGUAAGGUUGUCCUUGUCUCAGGAUCCAAAGUGUUGAUGUGAAAUGUUCUUUUCUUCUCAAUGUGCAAGCCAAAACACUGAGAAAUGGUAUCUCAAAAUAAAUGCAUCAAGGUGCAGUUUAAUCUCGUUACUAGUGCCUGAUAUUUGCUCUCUUGUCUCUUCCACUCCGCUCCUGCCAGUGCACUAACGCCUAGAGAAUGAAAACUCAUAUUGCUAGACAGUAUUGGUUUAUUUAUCAAAAGUUGUACAUACUUAAAAUGUAUAGUGACUGUUUAUCUUUAGCUGUGCCGUUUAGGUUUGGUUUUUUUUCGAAAUGUUUAUUCUAUUUCUAUUGUUUACAUUUAUUCAUGACAUAAUAAAACGAAUCGGCCUUAAACGCUGCUUGGACAUGUUUAG